AUGGGCGUGGUAAAAGAAAGAGCAGGCAUUUCGGCCGUGGAAGAGGAGGGUCGGAGGGCUGGGAGUGAGCGCUGCCCGGGAGACGCUGACUGCCAGCACCGGAGUUCCCGGGGACGCCGUGCCCCCACUUGCCCGGCGUGCGGGAUCGGGAAAGUGCCUGGACCUGCGCGGGGGGACCUGCGCCCCGCCUUCUCCCCGGAGAACCCCCAAACCUCGCUGCCUUCACCACCACCCCUCAAAAAGCCGGUAAAAAAUAAAAUAAAAAAUUCCCCCCCCACCCCCCCGCCAUCCCGCGGAGAGCGGCGGCUCGGCCUCGCAGGCGUGUGCUCCAGCUUGCCUGCGCGGCUCCGUGACCCGCCCGCGGACGCCGGUUCGAGCCCCGUCCCGGGCGCCGCGGAGCCUCGAACGUCCGUGACGUGGAUUUUCACGCGUCAGGAGGCCGCCACUCCCGCCUUUCCCGCGAGGAGCGACUGGAACCCGAGAAGAACUGUGGUCCGAGCACGCACCCUUAUCCCCGCCGCUCCCUCGCUUGCUUUCCGGAGAGACCCGGAAAGCCCUUCCGAAGGGAAUUGUUUUCUGGCUCUCGGAGGGGGCUGCAGGAGAAGAGCCCCGGAGGUGGAUGUUACUGAGCUGCGCGGCGCACGCGAGCUGUGAGGAGUCUACGCCCGGCCGCGCGGAGGCU